UGGGACGGUAGGAAAAGCAGCUCGAGCGCUUCUGUCAGUCUGUAUAAAUCAGUUUAAUACAGAUAUAUAGAGAUAUAUAGAGAGAUAUAUAGAGAUACAGAUAUAUAGAUAUAUAAACCUGUAUAUGAGAUCUGCGGUUCUCCAGCAGCAGCAGCAGCGCUGUAGAAUAUAAACACCAGCAGGUCGAAUAAUGCUGGGGUGCAGAGAUCAACAUGUCCAGUAAAGAAACUACAGAAGGAAACAAGGGUUCACACCGGACGGAGCUGUAUGUACAGGUUCCUCCGACAUGUCUGCCUAUCGUCUACUCUCCGGAGUAUAACAUCACCUUCAUGGGUCUGGAGAAGCUCCAUCCCUUUGAUGCUGGGAAAUGGGGGAAGGUCAUUCACUUUCUAAAAGAGGAGCAGUUUAUCACGGAUGAAGUGAUAGUUCCGGCGCGGGAGGCCAGUGAGGAGGAUCUCCUGGUGGUUCAUACCAAACGAUACCUGAACAGACUCAAGAACGAUAUCUUGGAGGGCUCGAGAGAGUGGUCUUUAGUGGUUGCCACCAUCACAGAAAUCCCUCCUCUUAUAUUUCUGCCCAAUUUUCUGGUGCAGAGGAAAGUGCUGAGACCGUUACGCAUCCAGACCGGAGGAACCAUCAUGGCUGGGAAACUCGCCAUGGACCGAGGAUGGGCAAUAAAUGUGGGAGGGGGCUUCCACCACUGCUCCAGCGACAAAGGAGGGGGCUUCUGUGCAUACGCCGACAUUACUCUGGCUAUAAAGUUUCUGUUCGAGAGAGUGGAGGGAGUCUCCAGGGCCACCAUCAUCGAUCUGGACGCUCAUCAGGGAAACGGACAUGAAAGGGAUUUCCUGGACGACAGACGCGUUUACAUAAUGGAUGUGUAUAAUCGCUACAUCUAUCCGGGGGAUGGAUACGCCAAGAGGGCUAUUAAGAGGAAGGUGGAGCUGGAUUGGGGUACAGAGGAUACGGAAUAUCUACAAAAAGUGGAUUUGCACUGUGAGGGAGCUCUGAAUGAAAUCAGACCUGAUAUAAUCGUCUAUAAUGCAGGAACAGAUGUUCUGGAUGGAGAUCCACUCGGUGGUCUGGCCAUUUCUCCACAGGGCAUCGUGAAGAGAGAUGAAAUUGUCUUCAGGGCGGCGAGGAGACGAGGGAUCCCCAUCCUCAUGGUGACGUCUGGAGGCUACCAGAAGAAAACGGCUCGCGUCAUCGCCGACUCCAUCCUCAACCUGCACAGACAGCGCCUGAUUAGUGGAGACGUGAUGGAGGGGGCGGGGCCUUCCAUGGUGCCGGUCAUGAUGAGUAAAUCUGUGUCAUCAGGCCCAACUCUGAACACCAUCUGACUCUUCCUGAUAAUGAUGAUGAUGAUGGAUGAAGAUUGAUGAUGUUUAAUGGAUGAAGAUGGCUGAUGAUUGUUGUUGAUGAUAUUGGAUGAUGGAUGGAUGGACGAUGAAGAAUGAAUGAAGAUAUUGGAUAAUGGAUGAUGGAUAGAUGGAUGAUAUUUGAUUGGUUUGUUGGUUUGUUUAACAAUGAGUUGUUUUCAUUUAUUAACAUAAACAACACAAUAAUGAUGAAUGGAUGGAUGAUGGACAGAUGAUGGAUUAAUGGAUAAAUUAUUGAUGGUGAUUGAUGAAAAGAUAGGUGAUGGAUAUAUGAUAAAUGGAUGAAUGAAUGGAUGGAUGGAUGGAUGAUUGAUAGGUAUUGGCUGGAUGAUGGAUGAUUGAUGAGGAUGGAUGAUGAUUUAAGAUGGAUGAUGAUGGAUGAAUGGAUGACAAUUGAUGAUGUUUAAUGGAUGAAGGAUGGAUGAUGAAUGAUGGAUGAGUAAUGAUGGAUGAUUGAUGAUGUUCAUUGGAUGAAGCAUGGAUGAUGGAUGAUUGAUGAGGAUGGAUGAUGAUUUAAGAUGGAUGAAGAUGGAUGGAUGAAUGGAUGACAAUUGAUGAUGCUUAAUGGAUGAAGGAUGGAUGAUGAAUGAUGGAUGAGUAAUGUUGGAUGAUUGAUGAUGUUCAUUGGAUGAAGGAUGGAUGAUGGAUAGAUAUUGGCUGGAUAAUGGAUGAUUAAUGAUUGAUGAGGAUGGAUGAUGAUUACAGAUGGAUUGAUGUUUAAUGGAUGAAGGAUGGAUGAUGAAUGAUGGGUGAGUAAUGUUGGAUGAUUGAUGAUGUUCAUUGGAUGAAGGAUGGACGAUGAUUGUUGAUUGUUGAUGGAUGAAUGAUGGAUAAAUGGAUGGAUGGAUGAUUGAUCAUUGAUAAUGGAUGAUUAUUGAUGGAUGGAUGAAUGGACAGUGGAUGGAUGCUGAUGAUUAAUGGUGAUGGAUGAUGACUGAUGAUAAUGGAUGAUUAAUGAUGAUGGAUGAUGAUUGUUGAUUGUUGAAUGAUGGAUGGAUGGAUGAUGGAUGAAUGAUUGAAGAUAGAUAAUAAUUGGAUGAUGGAUGAUUGAUAGAUGCAUGAUUGAUGGAUGGAUGAUGAAUGAUUAUUGAUGGACGAUGAUAUUUGAUUGGCUUGUUAGAACUAAUAGAACUGUCGUUUUCCUUUAUUAACAUUAACACAAAGGUCUGAGAUGAUGUAGAGGAGAGAUCUUUAAUCUUCUUCAGGAUACAGUGCUGCUUUACUGUAUAGUUAUCUAUAUAUAGUCACUUUAACUAAUGAUUGAAUGUUUUAGACGGUUCUUUCUUUAUUUCGGUACGUCGGUAUGCAAUGCUUAUUUGCACAUCUUUAGAAUUACGUCACUUUAUUAAAAGUCUCAAAAAUGUACAUUAGCUUAAAAAAGAUUAUGUUACAAAACCCAUUAUAUAUAUAUUUUUUCUAAAUUAGAUGGUUUAGCUUUUUCUAAUGUGGGGUUUGUGUUUUUAUUCAGCAUAUUAAAAAAAAUUAGGAAAAGUCAAGCAGUUGAUUAAAAACUAGCUCAGAUCCAGUCAGAUAUGUGUUGCUACAGUAUAUAGCUUUAGCUGACAUUAGGAAAUCAGCUGUUUUAUUAGGUUUUAGCUGUUUAUGACCAGAGAACAGAAAGAUAACGAGUCAAUUCUCCAGUAAAGUAAGUGGAAAUCCACAAAACUAACUUAAAUUUAACAGUCUCUGAAUUAUUAAGCACUUUAUUGGUUUGGUUUUAUAUGGGUUUGACCCAGUUAAACCUUCAAUAAUGGAAAUUAAUUGCACUUAAUUGGCAUGGCAUGGCCGAUGAACCCAACGUCUUCUAGAGGUUAGAAGUCUUUAUAUUGUCCUUCCACAGCAGGAUGAUGAACCGGAUAAAGAUAUAAUACAGUAUGAAUAUGGAUGUGAACAGACAUUCAGAGCCUUUUUCAUUUUUAAUGAGUUUUAGUUUUCUAAUUUUUCCCAUUUUUUCCCCAAUUUUACACGGCCAAUUACCCAACCCACUCAUUAGGACUCCCCCUAUCACUAGUGAUGCCCCAACACACCAGGAGGGUGAAGACUAACACAUGCUUCCUCUGAUACAUGUGAAGUCAGACUCCGCCUCUUUUUGAGCUGCUGCUGAUGCUGCAUCACAGCGCUAACACUCGGAGGAAAGCGCAGCGACUCGGUUCCGAUACAUCAGCUCACAGACGCUCUGUGCUGCAGUCAUCAUAGGAGUGAUGUGGGGAGAGAGCGCCAUCUACCCUCCCGGAGGGAGCAGGGCCAAUUUUGCUCCCUCUGAGCGCCAGCAGCUUGAUGGCAAAGCUGCAUGAGCGGGAUUCGAACCUGUACAAAUAAAUCGAGUUCCCCUUUAGUUGUCAUUAAAACUUGAUGUUUUAAUUCAUGCUAACUUUUUUUUUAAGGCAACCGGUUUUCUCAAAUUUCUUAAGUAAAUUCAUCGUAUCCGGGUUAACAGUGUAGAAGUGGUAUUAUAAGGUGCUAUUUAGGAAUAAAGGGGCUAUUUAUCUUAUUUAAACUGAGCUUACGCUACCUCCCGGCCGCUGCGCUCCUCCAAUGAACGUCGCCUCGCUUUACCAAACAAACAUUCACACAAAGCAAUCCAGACUGUUCUCAUACAGAGUUCCCCAAUGGUGGAACAAACUACCUUCUACUACCAGAUCAGGAGAAUCUCUCACUAUCUUUAAUAAACUCCUGAAGACAGAGCUCUUCAAAGAGCACUUACUCUCCUAACACCUCUAACUAACUACCUUCUACUACCAGAUCAGGAGAAUCUCUCACUAUCUUUAAUAAACUCCUGAAGACUGAGCUCUUCAAAGAGCUCUUACUCUCCUAACACCUCUAACACACUAACUACUUCUAACCUCAUUUCCUUCCUCCCCUCCUUCACUCCUCUAUCCUAUUAUUCCCCUUUGUCCUCCUUUUAUCCCUAUCCAAAGUUGUUUUUACCUUUAAACUUAUUUUACAUUGUACUUGACUAUUGUAAGUCGCUUUGGACAAAAGCGUCUGCCAAAUGUAAUGUAAAGUAAUGUAAUGUAAUGUAAUGUAAUGUAAUGAAUGUCUGACUUCCACACUUUCACAAACAUCAUAUAUUUAUUUACUCCACACAGCAAAUACGAGGCGUUUCCUUGCAUUUGAGAAAAUAAAGUCAUUUUUCAGUUUUUUAUUCUAGAUGCAUGGAAAUUAUAGUCCAGGGUAUGUAAUGCUGCUCAUAGACUGAGGCUAAUUUGGAUGAUUUAUUGCAUUGAAAAAACUCCCUUAAACAUGCCUUAAGCAAGCGCUGCCCCCUCCACCUCAUCC